AUUUAGGUUUCUACUCAUUUCGAUGCCGUAAUUUGUUAAGCUAUAUAUACUUGAAGAUGGACCCUGCUUAAUGGUGCUCAUGGAACUUAUGUCUUUUAGCCAUGCUGCGCCUGCUGCAUCAUGGACGACCAGGGAAGUCAACGCAGCCGGACAGUGAUUGCCAGCCGCUCUUGUGAUGCUUGCCGCCUAAGAAAAGUUCGCUGCGACCUUGAAAAGGAUAGUGCAUCAUGCCGCAGGUGCACAAGGCUGGAAUUAACGUGCACUUUCAUGUCACCAAGAGCGCCAAGAGGUCCGAAAAGACGCGCUCAAGGGGGUUUGGCAACCUCAGCGGAUUCCGGACAACCCGUGUCAACAGGUCAAAGAGACGCUAAUAAGGCUAGGAAUUUAACAGUAUCGCCUGCACAAGUCUCUCCAGCAUCAGCUCCGCUGGUAUUUCCUACAGAUGGGCUUUGUCCGCGAAUUUUGAUUGAAAGGAUUCUGCAAGACUAUCUCACAUAUGUUUAUCCACUAAUCCCAGUGGUAAACAUGACAUUUCGUAUCGAAUAAGAAUACCGCACACUAAUUCGAUCAAAGGUACAUCGGCCUAGUUUCCGUCGAGACCUCCUUCAGAACAGAGAUAUUCGAGACGAGGUGUUCCUAGGCUUUGUGUUGGCUCUCUGUGCUAUUGUCGUAGGUCUCAUGCCAUCGA